AUGUUUGGGAAGGAGAAGUGUGGAAACGGAGAUGUAACUCCAAGAUGUAAGGACGGCGAGAGACGGAAUCUGGAUUAUUCUCCCGAGCUCGACAUCCAGGAGCAGGGAAAGAGGGGGAGGCGUCCAGGGAUAUCCUAUGCAGACCUGAUAACAGAGGCAAUUGAAAGCAGUGCUGAGGGAAUGCUGACUCUCAAAGAGAUAUACUCCUACAUUUCCUCAAAGCAUCCAUACUUCUCUCUCAAGAAAACCGGAUGGCAGAACUCGAUCAGGCACAACCUGAGUCUGAACAAAUCCUUUUACAAGGUUCCAAGGACAUCGGUGAAUCCAGGGAAAGGCUCGUUCUGGAAGAUAAACUACGAGUUCCAGACCAACAAGGGCUCGCAGAAGACCUACAGAUCUAGGAAUAAAUAUUCGUUCAAUAGUCAUCGCGAUGCAGAAAAGAAUGUCAACUCGAUAUCAGAACUUCUUGGAACACAGCAAGGCUUCUUCGACAACAUUGGGGUCACAGAGGUUCCCUACGAGCGCCACACAACCGUCUUCGACGGAAAUUUAACAAGUCUUAGUGACUGCCUCGACCAGAGUUACCAGAAGGAGUACUUCGACCACAACGACGACGUCUCAAACACAAACUACAUUUUCUCGUUUAGGUGA